AAUCCCCUUCUUCAGUUCCUCACUUAUGAGUGUAGGAACGAUAACAUUAGAGCACAAUGGAGAGCCAAGAUCUUUCACCACCCCACGCGGAUGCAUCUCGACCGUCCCUUGGGUUCCCUUUAGGCACUGCCCUUCUCUUAAUCAUCAUCUUCAGCUUGAGUGGCAUCCUCUCAUGUUGUUACCAUUGGGAUAAGCUCCGCUCCUUCCGUCAAUCUUUAUCAAAUGAGAACCAUUCCUCGCCCACCAAAUCUAAACAAUCUACGGAAUUGAGACAGAGCAGGGGACAAAGCUUGCCAGUGUUGAUGCCAGGGGAUGAGGUGCCAAAAUUCAUAGCACUACCGUGUCCGUGCCAACCCUCAAGAUCAGAUGAGGUCGUUGUGACCGUAGACUUGUCAGAGAAGCCACCACCCAAGCCACCCCAAAUUCCAGUGCCUUUAUAUUUGUAACUAUUACUUUGCUAGUGCCACCACACUCAUCCAAUGUUGUCACUGUUCGUUGUGGCGGCUAUGCGAAUGUAUAUUUGUUCAUUACCUAGAAAAUGAGAUUAAGAAAAAAAAAUGCAAACAUAAAUAAGGGAUACGUAGGGUCGCAGGUCUAUUUGUAGGUUUUGAUGACAAUUUCAUUUGAUUCAAAUCCUUGUGCAGUGUGUAACUAUUAAAGAGUCUCUAGGUGGAGGAUAUUGAUUGAAAGCAAAAUCCAAUUUCGCUGUUUCUUCU